AUGAAAUUCUUGGCAGUCCUUUGUAUUUUUAUCUUCACUUUUGUUUUUGCUUAUGGUUGUAAAAAUAGUCCAUGUGGUGCUAAGGAAGUUAGUGUUACAUCAAACGGUUCAUGUAAGUGUGUUAAAGCCUCUGAUUUCAAUGCAGUGACAGUGGAAACUACCAAACAAUCUGAAUGGGAUGUGGGUGUAACUCAUUUUUCUAGAUAUGGAGUUCAAGUUCAUAACAACGGGGAUUCUACUGCCACAGAUAUCCACAUGGGUUUUGAUCCAAAAGCUAUUGGCCAAGCUUUUGAUAUAUCGUCAGAUAUCCCAGACUUGUUAAAUCCUAAAGCAACUUAUGUACAAUUCCCAAAAAUUGAAAAAAACAGUUCCUCAGGUUUUAAUUUCACCAUUCCUGGUAGAAAUGAACCAUAUUUUGUAAUUGAUGCAGCCAAUUUUAAUAAUUGA